AUGAACAAGAUGCAAAAAGGAAAAGCUAAUGGCCCAGAUGGAAUUCCUAUGGAAGCAUGGGUCGGAUGCCGAGAAGAAGGAGUCACGACCAUGACGAACCUCUUUAACAAGAUAUUGAGAGAAGAACGAAUUCCUAAUCAAUGGAGAGCAAGCACGAUUAUACCCUUAUUCAAAGGUAAAGGAGACCCUCAGGAGUGUGGUAAUUACAGAGGUAUCAAGCUAACUUGCCACUCCUUGAAACUUAUGGAAAGGAUCUUAGUAACAAGGCUGAAGAACGAGGUGAAAAUAUCGGCUAACCAAUUCUGUGGCCGGCAAAUCCACAAUCAAUCCGAUCUUCGCACUAAGACAAAUGGUGGAUAA